AAUAGAGUCUCUGAGAAAUAUUUGGUGAAAAGUGUUACUCGGCCAACUAGCCCAAGUCUACAUAUUUAUAAACCUUUGGGAUAAUAUAGAGACUUUUGCACGUUGUCUAGAAAUCUAUCCUGAAGUGUAGAGGAAUGGGCUUGUGAAUUAUUCACGUUUCUGCAUGAAUUAUGUUCUCUUUGGCAGCACAACGCACAUCAUUAUUAAGAUGAGCAUAAGGAUUCAACACGCGAAUAUGAUUUCAAGCCUUUACCAAACAGCGUGAAAGACAUAAAAGCUUGAACUACUCAGUCAUACUCUCACAAGUCACAAGCUGUACAGAUUUGGAGUCCACAUGAACUGGAUCCAGAGUGUUGUGGUUCACACUUUUCUCUCACUGAUUUCCUCUCUUGCUUUUGGGAUACCCAACGAGUUAUCCCAUCAGUUAUCUGGAAAUGUCAAAGGAAAGAUCAUUUUUCAUCAAAUGGAAGGAAAUUCAACAUACUUGCGGGAUAGUGGGAAGCUGGCGUCUUGCAUACCCACCAUGGUUUCAUUUGAGCUGUCUGACCCGAGACAUAACUUGCACUCUGUCACAUUUAUAUACACAUGGGACUUGGGCAAUGGGGAAGUGCGUAAAGGCUCAGAGCCUUUUGUGAAGUGUUACUACACAUUACCAGGAAACUACACGUUUAAAUUGAGCAUCGGAACCAAUACAUCCCAACAUUCCAGAAUGACUGGGCUGUACUCUGCAGAUUUAACUGUGUUAGAUGCCAUAAGGAGCAUUGAAUUGAGAGGACCUUUAAUUUAUAACGUGGAUGAAAGCAGCAGUCUGUCCUUUCAAGUUGGAGGAAGUCCUCCAGUUUGGCUGUGCUGGAGAGUUUUGUCUGAUUGUGAAACACCCAGUCCAGCUUCCUGCAAUUUAGUCAGGCUCUACGGGAACAUAUUCAAUCUGAGCUACACCUUCACAUCAGUAGGAACAUAUUGCUUGGACCUGAGUGUGAGAAAUAAUAUCAGCAACCUCCAGACAUCCUACAACAUCUAUGUGCAGAGCAGCCAUGUAAGUCUUAUCUUCAUUUUACCCUGCGCUGCAGUUAUUAUUGCUACCCUCAUAUUCAUCUCUGUGACAGUGUGUCGUCCACGGCAGCAAUCCCUCACGUCUAAGGCACCGGUGGCAGAUAUGAAUUAUCUAUCCUUCACAGACAUCGAGCUGCGUGUCAAGGAUGCAACCAUCCCUUUACGGGGUAAUUCUCCUGCUUCUAAGACAAAUGAAGCCCUGCCCCUUCUUCAUCAGCCAGAGGCUUCCUAAAACACCCAACCCUGUUAGUCUCACUGUGACCGCCCUGGUCUUCAGUACACUUGAAGUAUUCCUUUCAGUCUAUCUUUCAUUGCAUUAUUUUGCUACGUUGUCUAUCUAUUUACAUUUGAAGCUAAGAUAGAGAUAGGCAGGUUUAGACUUACCAUCCUAUGAAUCAACACAAUACAGAACCCAUGAAAGCUUUUCAUUUUGCUCAUCUGAAUCACCCUUCUGUGUCAAUGUGAACACACUAAUUCUUCUUCCUGUUUUCUCUGCUCUUUUAGUUCAUACUUGAAUGGGUUUCAAGGUUUCACUGCACGAAGGUUCCAUUUGUUAAUGCAAAACUCCUUGAGAUCCUAAUGGAUGUUGACAUUGGUGAUGAACCUUUAAAAGUAGGAGAGUAUAUGAGGUUAGAUGGAUUGCAUGCAGUUCAACAAGCGUGCCUUGGAAUAUUGUUACAAUUUUAAACCUGACCCAAAUGUACAAAACACACCGAUGUACAGAACAGCAUGAUCAUUCUUUGCGAGUGAUUAUGAGUGAGAGUUUCCUUGUAUAAGACCUAGAGCUCUUUCUGCUGGAAUGAAUGAAUCUGACCUGUAUAUUCCUGCUGUGAUGAUCAAUGACAUUUGCCAUCUGCACUGUGAGGUACCAGGAAGACAAGAAUUACAGCUCCACAAGGGACUGCAAAAUACCUCUCUAGGUUAAAGGCUACAGAUGAGCAAUGCAUCAUACGUCUAGUAAUAACUGUGCCCUUCAGCUCAAAAGUAGCUGAGGCAUUAUUCUUGCCCUUGGAAGUGUAACGGAAGUCAUAUGUAUGACUUGAAUAUGUUUCUUUACAAAAGUUUAGCAAAGAUUUAGCUCCAUUUUUUUUCAUGAGGAAACAGUCGACCAAUUAAUACAACCUGUCACCUACACACUGAUUUGUCAUAACUUGGUUAUAGUGUAGGGUCAGUAAGAUUUUUUUUUUUUAUAUAUAUUUUUGAAAAAAUGUCUAUGUUCACAAAGGCUUUAUUUAUUGGAAUACCGUAAUACAGUGAAAGCAGUAAUUUAUUUAUUUGAAUACAAAAAUACAGUAAAACUAAUAUUGUGAAAUAUUAUUACUACUUUAAAUAACUUUUUUUAAAUAUUUUAAAAUGUAAUUUAUUCCUCUGAUGGCGAAGCUCUUCAGCAGCCAUUUAUCCUCCAGUCUUUAGUGUCACAUAAGUCUUCAGAAAUCAUUCUAUAAUAUGCUGAUUUGGUGAUCAAGAAACAUUUUUUUAUUGUUAAAAGAGCUGAAACAAUUUUUUUUUUUUCAGGAUUGUUUGAUUAAUAGAAAGUUCAAAAGAAGAGUAGGGUGAAUUUAGGUUGAUUGAGACACUUUUUCUAAAUAAUUUUAAUGGCAAAAAAAUGUCCCAAUCAACCUGAAUUCACCCCUUUUUAUUUGAAAUAUUGAAAAUUUUGUAACAUUAUAUGUGUAAAUGUCUUUCUCUUUUGAUAAACUUAAUGCAUCCUUGCUGAACAUAAAUAUUAAUUUCUUUAAAAAACAUGUUUGAACAAGAUUAUAAAUAUCUUGAGGUGUGCUGUAUUUUAGGAAAUGAGGCCAUUUUGGAACGCUUUAGUAAGAGAUCUAACUAUUGGAGAUAAUAAACCUUUGACGUGUCACUA